GUGCACUGAUAACCGGACAGUCUCUCACACUCUCUGUACAUCAGUGUGCAGCUGGUUCCUGAGACUGUCAUUAGAACUCUUGCUACAUACAGUAUGGCGUUACUAGGGUUUGUGAUGCUACUGUGCAUCUUGGGAGCUCAAGCCACAGUGGACCUUCGAAAUGCUGCUGCCAUGGCUGCAGGACUAUGUAAGACUAAGCCUACUGACCUGGUGUUCAUCAUUGACAGCUCUCGGAGUGUGCGGCCCUCUGAGUUUGAGCAGGUCAAAGUGUUUCUCAACAAGAUAAUAGAGGGUCUGGAUGUGGGGCCUGAUGCAACACGCGUGGGUGUUGUGAACUAUGCCAGCAGGGUGAAGAAUGAGGUGUCGCUGAAGUCCUACAAGGCAAAGCCUGCCCUGAUUAAGGCUGUAUCAAAGAUCGAGCCCCUCUCCUCUGGUACCAUGACUGGGUUGGCCAUCCAGUUUGCCAUGAACGUUGCCUUCAGCGAGGCAGAGGGUGCACGAGCCAAAUCUGAUAUCAGCAAGGUAGCAAUCAUUGUAACAGAUGGGCGACCACAGGACAACGUGCGUGAUAUUGCAGCAAAGGCACGGGAGUCUGGCAUUGAGAUAUAUGCCAUCGGUGUGGGCCGAGUGGACAUGAACACACUGAAGCAAAUAGCAAGUGAGCCUCUGGAUGAGCACACCGAUUAUGUGGAAAGCUACAGCAUUAUUGAGAAGCUCACCCAGAAGUUUAAGGAAGCCUUUUGUGUGUCCGACUUGUGCGCAACAGGUGAUCAUGACUGUGAGCACAUUUGCGUCAGCAUACCGGGAUCAUUCAGGUGUGCCUGCCGAGAGGGCUACACACUCAAGGAAGAUGGCCGUUCCUGCAGUGCCUGCAGUGAUGCUGCCACAGAUGUGGUCUUCCUGAUUGAUGGAUCAAAAAGUGUGAGGCCAGAGAACUUUGAGCUGGUGAAGAAGUGGAUCAACCAGAUUGUGGAUGGACUAGACAUUUCCGACAGAAAUGUCCAUGUGGGUCUGGUGCAAUACUCUAGUUCGGUCAAGCAGGAGUUUAAUCUCGGAAAGUACAUCACCAAGAAAGAAAUCAAGGAUGCUGUGAAGAAGAUGCCCUACAUGGAGCGUGGAACCAUGACUGGCCAGGCGAUUGGCUUUUUGGUGGAUAAAAGCUUCAACAUUGCCAAUGGUGCCAGGCCGGGAGCAGUCAAGGUGGGCAUCGUUUUCACUGAUGGCAGGUCACAAGACUAUAUAGGAGAUGCGGCAAAGAAGACCAAAGAGCAAGGCUUCAGGAUGUAUGCUGUUGGGGUCGGAAACGCAGUCGAGGAUGAGUUGAAAGAAAUUGCCUCUGAACCGGAAAAUUACUUCUACACUGCUGAUUUCAAAGCCAUAAAUGAGAUUGGCAAAAAGCUGCAAAUCAGCACUUGUGCACCUGAAGAUCCCUGUGAAUGUCAGACACUUACGAAGUUCCAGAAAAAAGUGGAGGAGGCACUGCAGGCAUUAACAAAGAAAUUGGAGGGAAUAACAAAGAGGAUCAUUGCUCUGGAAAAGAAAAUCGUGUGAAAAAGAGGCACUCUACUUGUCACGACCGAUCACCAAUUUCACUCACUACUGCUAAGGCACCUCCUGUGACAUCUGACUCAAUGUUUUUCCUGUCUUUUUUUGCUUCAGUUGUCUCAUUACAUCUGCUUGAAAUCACUAAAUGUUCCAGGACUGAAGCACUGAUCAUCUUAGUGUUUUAUUUAAACAUGAUUUCACUAUGACAGGAAAGAGACUUGUGCAUGUUAAAUACAGAGCAGUUAUUCCAUGAUGGACCCAUGAUUAUCUUAAAAUCUAAGAACAUCAGCUCAUCCAUAUGAUGAAUUGUACUUAAACGAUGCAGUUUAAAGGUUUUUACCUUAUUUAAGGAAUUUUGCUAUUUUACCACAAGUUUUGUAUUUCUAUCUGUCACUUGUUCUUCUCUCUGUCAUUUAAACUUCACAUCAACUUGUGUCCAAACAA